AGAUGCGCUGCUGAAAGAUGUCAAAUCUUGGGAAAAUAGCAAAGGUGGUUCUGCCCAUGGCAGUGCCCGGAGCCCUUGGUCUGAUGUCUACCACUGUUUUUGCUGCAAGCAAUGCCAAAGAAAACAGCGCCAUCUUGAUGACUGAUGAGCUCUCACUGUAUGACACACCUGAGCCGCGGCUGAGGUACGAGGAGCCUGAUGUCGGGCCUGUUGAACAGGGUGUGGCGUCUCUGAGAAAGACUGUUGAACCUUAUUGUUCAUGGUGUCAGGAAAGGACACAGUUUGCUGUGGAUAAAAUACAGUCUUACUAUAAAACAGUUGAGCCUGGUGUGGAUACCACUCAAAAUAUCGUACAGGAUAUAUUUACAUUUUUGAAAGACCCUCCAUCGGAGUUUUACCCCAGUGUAGGCGUCAUUGGGUUUUCUGGAAUCCUGGGCCUUUUUUUUGCAAAAGGCAGCACGGUCAAAAGGCUGAUAUUUCCCACUGGGCUGAUGGCUCUCUGUGCCUCUGUGUUUUACCCACAACACGCCGCCUCUGCUGCCAGGACCACAAAGGACUACAUGUACUCGUGGGGUUCAGAGGGGCGAGCUGUUUUGGAGGAGCUGCUGAGAGGAAAAUCUUCUUCCAAGGACAAAGCUGACAAGACACAGAAAUCAGACAGCCAAAAAUCAAGUUGAGACAAAGCAGCUCAUUUUAUGAAGAGUUCCUGCUUCGCACCUGGAUUCUCUUCUCUUAUCGGUGUACUGAUCAGUAUGGUGGUAUUUAUUACUCUAUUACAAUGUUGGCAGUGUUCACUGUAAUUGUAUUCAGCGAUGUUUUGUGAAUUAUAUAAAUGUACUUUUAUAUAUAAAUGCACAUUAUAAUAGCAACCAUUUGGACCAAGCUGAAAGACAGAAUCACCUGCAUGACUUGUACUGUGCGAAUCUGAAUGUUGCUGAAUAUUUAUUUACUUAUACAUCCAUUUCCAGAGCUUUCUAGAUGGGUGCUCGCUUCACUUUCUCCAGGGUUUUCAAUGUCACUAAACAAAGAUCCAAUUUAUAAGUUUUAUAGUAACUUACAAUUUCACAAACCAUGAAUUUGGUCUGUGCAUAAACAAAGAGACAUUUUGCAAAUUACAGCAUCGUCCAGGAUCCAUUCUGUGCAUUCAGCAGUCCCAAUUUUACCACUGUGAAUUUCACAUUUGUAUUAGAAGGAAAGCCUGAAGGUAUUACUUAAAUAUAAUUCUUAAUAUUUAUUUGUUUAGAUUUUUAAUACAUUAAAUUGGAUACAAAAAAGCUGAUUGAUAAGCUAAUCUUACAUAUACACUACAGAAUAUGACACAAGUACUACAGUAACUUCUUCUAGAGUACAUUACUGUUUGUUAAUAUAAUCAAUAACACAGAGUAUCUAAAAUAUUGAAUUAAAGAUCUACAAACUGA